AUGCAGAUCCUAUUUUGUUCCCAGUUGUUUUCUGAUGAGGCCAAGGGAGACUGGGCCUCGAAGCUCCGCGCGGCCAGAGAGGCCGAGAGGAGAUACAGAGAGGGGUUGGAUUCGAGCAUCGCCCGUGGCGGGCAACCAGCUCAGCUUCUCAAGCAGGUCAUUGCCGUGAACAAGCUCGGUGAUGCACGCAAGGCGGCUGCAGACGUCGUCGUUGGAGGCGUAACGGUUGGUUUCCCUUCGGACAGCCUUCGCUUCGUCCCUGUCUGCGCUCUCCAUGGCACGAACGUCCUGGAGGAGAGGCACUAUGGCGAGCCAACCAUAAGAGCCGUAGAUGCUCUCAUGUCCGGCUUUCUUCUCGUGGCAGGCAACAGCUCCUUCGUUCUCUGCCGGGUGGAGGCAGGGGAUGUGGAGGCUGGCUCCCUGCUUCAGCACGCGCCGUCCGGUCAGGAGUGCGGAGUCCUUGCCAUCCAAGCCUGGGGACAAGAAGUCCGACGCGCCGAGCCAGGGGAUUUGGCCCGACUCAAAGUGUUGGGUGCUUUGCCCACGUCGGGACACGUGCUCAGCGAGGAUCCACUCCGAUGUGCGGCCAAAUUCAAAGCGCAGAUUCGCCUGGUCGAGACUUGCCGCGAGACGCCGGUGAUGAGUCAGGGCUUCAAGUGCAUCUUGCAUCUCCACCAUUCCAUGGAGGAGCUGUGCGAGGUGUCGAAGGUCAUUGAGGCACUUCGCAACCGUGUUCAGCUCAGUCCCAACGCAAAAGAUGCGAAGCAUCGGCAGCAUCAGCAGGCAGAGGACCUUCGGACGAACAAGAAGGAGGCCGGCCCGAAAGUGAUUCGGGCGCCUGCGCUGGCCCUCUGCGUGCUGCAGAUCUGCUCCGGCAGGGAAGUGCCGCUCGAAGCCGGCGAUGGCCUACUCGGACAGCUCUCCCUGCGCACAGAUGGAGGCACCAUUGCCGUGGGCAGCGUGGCCGAGUUGCCAAAGGUGAGAUGA